AUGGCCAAUCUCGGUAUCCAAUCGCCGACCCGGCAGACGGCCGCCUUUCACCUCCCCUCUUCUUCGUCCUCUUCAGCCGCUAGCGAUGACGACGAAGACGUCCCGCUCCCCUUCCCGGCCGCCCUUCCUCGAUCCGACUUCCUCGCCCCGAACUUCCACCCGGCAAGCUACCUGUCCGCACUGCCGCAUCGUCAUCAAACCCUUGACGACCUGAAGGCCGAGCUGCGCGACCGCAGCGCCGCCAUCAGUGCCGAGCUUCUCGAGCUCGUCAACGGCAACUACACCGCCUUCUUGUCCCUCGGCAACGAGCUCCGCGGCGGUGACGAGAGGGUCGAGAAUGUCCGUGUCGCGAUGCUGGGUUUCCGGAGGGCUGUCGAGGAGAUCAAGGGGAGGGUGCGGACGAGGGGGGAGGAGGUCCAGGGCCUCAGUGGUGAACUGAGGGAGGUACGCCGGGGCAUCGAGGUCGGGAGGAAGAUGCUGGAGUUAGACGAGCGGGUGGCCGCGCUGGAGGAGCGUCUCGCGCUGACGAGUCUCCCCGGGAAGGCCCCACAAGACGAAGAGGAAGACGACUGGGACACGGAUAGGGGCGACGAGGAGGACGAGGAGGAAGGCGACGCAAGAAGCCUGGUGGGUAGCAGCCCGGCGAAGCUGGCGGGCUUCGCGCAGGAGUUCUGCAUCAUCGAGGCCCUCGCAGACGCCAUCGGGCGUGAAGCCCAGUUCGUCGUCAAGACGGAGGCACGCAUGACGCGGUGCCGAAACACCAUCCUCCUCGAUCUGGGAACGGCAAUGAGGGAGGCGAGAAAGGCGGGGAAUAGUGGACAGGCCAGGGUAGUCAAGUACCUGGGCCUCUACGGGCUGCUGGACGCCCAAGCAGAAGCUAUCAGGGCUCUCAAGAGCAGUUGA